AUGAGUCUUGUAAUAAAAGAUAUUCAUAGAAUAACAUUAUUAGAAGAUAUUCUUAAAUUGAAAAAUACUAAAUCUCUCACAUUGAUCAAUUGUCUUUUAUACAAUGAUGAUUACGUCUCUAUCAUGAAAGAAUUGAAAAAUUUAAAUUAUUUAAAAAUAGGUUCUUUAUGGAUCAAUCAAGCUUUAGAUGAUCCAGAAUUAGAUGAAGAAGAGAAACGUGAUCUUAAAAAGGGAGGUGUUUUUAAUCCAAUGAGAUGGAAUGAAUCUAAUUUUAAGAAAUAUUUUGGUGAUAUUCAAAACAAGAUUGAAGAUGCUUUACAUAAUCCGAAUUUAGAUGAUGAUGAGAAAGGAGAUCUUAAAAGAUUUAGAAAGAAAGGAAUUUUUAAUUUAUUUUAUUGGAACGAAAAUAAUUUUAAAAAAUAUUUUGAUGAUAUAGAUGUUAAAACUUACGGAAUAUUUGAUGAAGUAAAAAUGAUAUUAGAGAUGAAAAAGAAACAAGAUCAAGAAAGAGAAAAUGAUAUUUAUUAUAAAUAUAGAAAAUUAUCAAAACAACAUGAAAUUUUAUCAACAAAAUAUAACGAAUUUCAUAAACUUGUAAAAAGACAACAAUACGAAAUUGAAAAUUUUUUUAAAGAAUAA